CCAAUUAGUUUAGCCGGAAGAUGUACUAAAAUGGACACCGUAGUUACUGUACUGGGCAGCAGUGGAGAGGGCGGGUAGACUUUGGCAGUGGGUGACGUGGAGGACAUACCUGUAGUUAGGAGGAAGGAAACUGAGGGGACCCGAGGCCUAAUAAGGUGCCUUGAAUGCUCCGUGGUUUGUGCCAGUCCUGCACUCAUUGCAAUCUGCCUGUUUCAUGGGACUCCAUCUUUGUAAGUGGCAGGUGGAACUGCAUUCUGGCACCCUGACAGUAUCUAGAAGCUUCUGCCCCAGUAUCACAUCUGUGCCAUUACUGCAGGAGUGGGGAUGACUUUUGACUUUCUAUAUCUAUAAAGGGGACCCUGGGUCUUACACCUCAUUCCUCUGCCCCCCAGUCUCCUCUCGGACAUGUCCAGACUGGAAGACAUUGCCAACGUGGUGCUCAGGCUUCCCAGCAUUGUCGUUUUGGAUCUGUUAUACCGAUGGGACUUCCAGGCAUUUACGGAGCUCAGCCGACCGACAUACGAAACAAACUUUUUCAAGUCGAAACACUUGUGGAAUAUUUAUUACCUGGCUCAUUUCCUAUGUGCUGUUCUGCUGCUCCUUCCCCUGCGGUACCUGGUCAAUAUCUACCUGUAUCUGCUGACAGCCCUGCUUUUGUAUGUAGCUCACCGGACUACAAGGGAUUCUAUUCAGCAGGAGAUGGACUCUGACUUCCCUGGGGCUCUGUAUGACGACCCCAAUGCUCUGACCCGCAUCAUCACUGCACUGACUGGCCUGGUGAUUGUGGCCACUCUGUGCUCCCUGCUCUUAAAGACCCGGAACGCCUGGCUCUUCUGUUCUCCGGUAUUGCCGCUGCUCGGCCGGAUAGUUGGACUCCCGCUUCAGGUUCUGCCUCCGCUCAACAAUGUCUCCAUAUUCCUGACUGUGCUGGGAUCUCUGUUCUACCUGCUGUCCAACCUGGGUGUGCUACUCAACCUCUUCCGCAAAGUGUAUCAGGAGGUAGUGCAGGUUCAAGAGUUUGACAGGCUGGUGACCCUGGGAAUGCAGCUUUGGGCUCAUUUGGCCGUGCCUCUCCUUUUCCUCGUCUUUUGGUUGGUGUCGUUCAGUUUCCAUAUUGUCUCUUUCCUGUCAUCCAAGCCCGGAGCACUGGGCCAGCAAGGGCUGAUUUUCAUCUUUCUGAACAGUGCUGCCGAGUGCUGUGGGACUCCCUAUUGCCUUAUUGGUCUGACCUUCACUGUCUCCUAUUUGGCCCUGGGAAUGCUCAAUUUCUGCAAAUUCUACCUGCUGGGCUUUGAUGCCUUUCGGAACGGCAAUGUCAUGCACAGGGGCGUAACGGAAGGGGUGACCCUAAUGCUGCUGGCUUUGCAGACUGGGCUCCUCGAUCUUCAGGUGCUUCAGAGAACCUUCCUCCUUAGCAUCAUCCUCUUCAUUGUCGUCACCUCCACACUGCAGUCUAUGAUCGAAAUUGCCGACCCUAUAGUGCUGGCACUUGGAGCCACCAGAAACAGGAGUCUAUGGAAACAUCUACGUGGGGUCAGUAUGUGCCUCUUCCUGCUGGUGUUCCCCUGCUUCAUGGCCUACAAGAUUUCUCAGUUCUUCCAUAUGGAUUUCUGGCUGCUGAUCUUGGUGUCCAGCUGUAUGCUCACAUCCCUGCAGGUUCUGGGGACACUAUUUAUUUACGCCCUGUUCAUGGUGGAGCUUUUCCAUGACAACCAGGUGGAAAAAAUAGAUGAAAUUAUUUAUUAUGUGAAUGCGGUGAGUCGCGUCCUGGAGUUCCUCGUGGCUGUUUGUGUCGUGGCCUACGGCACGUGGGAGUCUCUGUUUGGCGAGUGGAGCUGGAUGGGGGUCUCUGUGAUUAUAGUUCACUCCUAUUUCAAUGUCUGGCUCAGAGCUCAGUCUGGGUGGAAGAGCUUCUUGCUGAGGAGGGAGGCGGCCAAGAAAAUCAACUCCAUGCCCAGGGCUACUAAGGAGCAGCUAAUGGCACAUAAUGAUGUGUGUCCCAUUUGUUUCCAGGACAUGUCUGAUGCCAUCAUCACCCCGUGCAGCCAUAUCUUCCAUGGAGAAUGCCUGCGCAAAUGGCUUUAUAUCCAAGACACCUGCCCUAUUUGUCACCAGCAGGUGAAUCCCCUUGUAGAGGAACUAGGAGAAGACAAGAGAGAGGAGGAUGAGGAGGAGGAGGCGGCAGAUGAACCAAUGUGGGAAGAGGCCACAGCCCAUAGAUACAGAAGGAACCACUGUAAUGCAGACAGCGAGGAGGAGGAGCUACAAGAGAGCGGCCUGGAUGCAGCCAAUGGAGAAGGAGGAGGAAACAAAUGUAAUGCAGACAGGGGGAGCGAGGAGGUGGAGCUACAAGAGAGCGGCCUGGAUGCAGCCAAUGGAGAAGGAGGAGGAAACAAAUGUAAUGCAGACAGGGGGAGCGAGGAGGUGGAGCUACAAGAGAGCGGACUGGGUGCAGCCAAUGAAGAAGGAGGAAACAAAUGUAAUGCAGGGCCCCAGAGAGAGGAGGUGGAGCUACAAGAGAGCGGACUGGAUGCAGCCAAUGUAGAAGGAGGAAUCAAAUGUAAUGCAGAGCACCAGAGAGAGGAGGUGGAGCUACAAGAGAGCGGACUGGGUGCAGCCAGUGGCGAAGGAGGAAACAAAUGUAAUGCAGAGCACCAGAGAGAGGAGGUGGAGCUACAAGAGAGCGGACUGGAUGCAGCCAAUGUAGAAGGAGGAAUCAAAUGUAAUGCAGAGCACCAGAGAGAGGAGGUGGAGCUACAAGAGAGCGGACUGGAUGCAGCCAGUGGCGAAGGAAGAAACAAAUGUAAUGCAGAGCACCAGAGAGAGGGGGGGGGGAAUUAGAAGAGAGAGCGGACUGGAUACAGCCAGUGGAGAAGGAGGAAACAAAUGUAAUGCAGAGCACCAGAGAGAGGAGGUGGAGUUACAAGAGAGCGGACUGGAUGCAGCCAAUGUAGAAGGAGGAAUCAAAUGUAAUGCAGAGCACCAGAGAGAGGAGGUGGAGGAAGAAGAUGGUGGAGAGAACUCAGCCCAAGGAGAAGAAUGGCAUCUAGAAGGGGAGGGACAUUUGGAGGUAACUGAGGGUGGAAAGUAAGACAGUCAGCCUGGGAGGCCAGGAGAAGUCAUUCAAGAGAUGAAAGUCAGGGAGCUGUGCAGGAGGAGGCAGACAUUCAGUAAAGACAACGUGGUUGGGGAAAUUGAUCUCAGGCACCCCCUAAACUUUACCCCCUGGAUGUGCUCUAGGACAGGACAGGACAGGCUUCCUAUGCUACAGCUUUGCCCAAAGUGCCAGUGAACUAGAAUUCACAUCUCUGCUUAUUGCCUGCAGAACAGAGCUGGAGAGAGAAGGGGCCUCACUUUAGCAGAUUUAGGAGACUGUUGGAGUUCAUUUUGUGCAGGAAAUUCCACUAUUUUGUUAAAGUUAAGCACUUCCUAGAAACGGGGGGUCCUUUAGACCAAAGGGUUAAAUGACAAUUCAGGGACUAUAAAACCUGUGCUGGGAGGAGGCUGCAGGGCGAGUUGAUCUUGUUCCGCAGUGUUGCCUUUGGAGGUUACAUGUCACAGAGGUGAUCGGCUAGAGAUGUGGGGGUGAAUGUAUCCUGCACCCCUGUUAGAGAGAGAGACUUGUAGUUUUGCCCCAGAACAUGAUCCAGUUAAUCAGAGGUCAAUCCAUUCAGUAGGGUCAGAAGUUGGGGCACCCUGAGGGCCAAGCAGUGUGUCUGGGGCACCCGAUGGCUGGAGACUGGCGCAAUUACAAGAAGUAUUUCUCUGCUUCAGGGUCCAUAACCUACGCAGCACAAACACUGACCAGUGGCCUUAAUUUCUAGUGUCUGCAGCCGGGGCGAUGGGAAUGAUUGGGUUCCUGCGAGUCUGUUCUUGUGUGGCUGCCAUAUUGUUAUGCCCUGAGGCCUUUCCCUUGUAAUAUGCAAUGCCAAUGCACUAAAUAAAUGUAUGAAAAGACCAA